GGUUUGUUAUCUUUCACCUGGCUGAGAGCAGACGAUAGUUAGUUGGCGGUUCAUGACGUUUUGUUGUCUGUUGGGUUAUUAUGACCAAGUCAGAUCUAUUGAAAGGAUAAAAUUAUAUCGCGGAUUGUUGUUGAUAAAUCUAUUCACCGGAGUUGGGUCCGGGUUUAUAAUCCGUGACUGCGUCGAUCGUUUUGAUAGAAGUUUGUUAAAUUUAUUCAGUGGAAGUUUGACUGGCCGAGGAACAGCGAACAGUGUUUAGUGAUAAGCUUUGGUAAGGUGAUUUAUAUAUCCUAAAUAGGAUAAAAAUUGAACUCGGGGUGGCAAGGCAAUGGAGUAAUAUAGCAGUUUGAAGAUUGUACUUUUAUAAUCGGCAUAAAAUGACCCAAAUGGACAGUCCUCGCAGACGACUAACCAGACGUGAGAGGAGUGAAGUCAACAUUUGUGUCAAAUAUCUGCUAUUCUUUGAAAACUUUAUAGCAUGGCUGGUUGGUUUGAUAUGUCUAUCUCUUGGUGCCUAUAUCCUGGUAUUAAAGAAGAAAGUUAUACGUGAUGCUAUUGAUUUUAUUCUUGAUCCGGCCUGUGUCAUUACUGUAGCAGGUGCUCUCAUGUUCCUUCUCGCAUUCUUUGGUUGUAUGGGUGCCUUGAGAGAAAAUACAACCUUUUUAAAAAUUUUUUAUUACAUAACGACUCUAUGUUUAUUGGGAGAGAUCGUACUGGCUAUUCUCGCCUUCAUAUUUUAUUACGCACCUAAUGUUCGAGACCAAAUGAAUCUAUUUCCGGAAAAAACUUUUAAAGAUGCCAUUGUGAAAUAUCGAGAUGACCCGGAUAUGCAGAAUUUAAUUGACAGCUUUCAGCAGUCGCUGGGUUGUUGUGGUUUAUCUAAUAAUGAUGAAGGGUAUAAAGAUUGGUUAACCAAUCUAUAUUUUAACUGCUCGUCAGAGAAUAAAAGUCCUGAAAGAUGUUCUGUGCCGCCAUCUUGCUGUAAAUUAGAGCCAGGAGAGAAGAUUAAUUUAUUAUGUGGUGGAAACGUUUUAAAAUUAACAGACAAUAAAAUUCAGGAGAAUGAUAUAAGUAAUAUAUAUACCAAAGGUUGUCUGAAGGCUGUUGGGGAUUGGAUAAAUACACAUUCACUUGUUAUAGGUGGCGCUGCACUAGGUGUUCUAUUACCUCAGAUUUUUAUCAUUUGUAUGUCGAGGAAUUUGAUAGACCAAGUAAAGGCACAGAAGUCAAAAUGGAGAUAAUGCGACACAAUUAAAACCAUAAUUAUCAUUUUAAAUAUUUCAUAAUAUUUAACCAAAUUGAAGAUAAUACGACCCAAUUGGAACGCAAAUAUCAUUUUACGAAUUCCAUAAUAUUUUAUUCAAAAUGAAGCAAUCAUUUUACGAAUUUCAUAACGUUUUAACCAAAUUGGAGCCAGGAUCCUUUGAUUUGUGAAACAAUUAUUUUAAAUAUUUUAAUUAUAAAUGACGUCAGUAUUUCCUGAAAGGACCAGCUUUUUUUAGUAUUUUAGUAUUUUAGUGGGAAAAGCGUUAAUUCGGUAUAGUUGGAAUUCGACACAAUCUUCGUCGAUUCCCGUUGACUGGCGAUUCCCAGGCGGAUUCUGUGAUCUUCAAAGCACAAAUGGAUGAUUUUAUACAUCCGCCAUUAGAUCGAUCACGUGAUAACCAAAACUAACACGUGAUAGUAAAUUGACGAGGGAUUGAUUUAAGUGAUCCGCUAUCGCACUGUGGACAUAUUGACUCGAAACAUACCUUGGUUAUGCCAAUAGCCUCCAUUGUUACCUUGAAGUUUGGUUGUUUAGAGUGGAACGGUAACAUACAUUUGAAUACUUACAAGACACCGAGGCGAUCUCUGAAAUAAGACUGCAAUCUUCAUAUGUUUAACAUCGAUUACAAUACAUCCGGGUUGUUUUGUCUAAUAAUACGUAGACAACAGAUGAAAUCAACCAUCUUACCCCAGUCCUCGUUCCAGCAUAACCAUGAAUACCAAAAACGGCGUGGGUUUGUUAACAAUAUCACUCUAGGUAGUCACGGACGUUAAUUCCUGAGUCAGAGAGAGAGAGAUAAUUUGGUUUGUUCUGUACUUGGAGAUGACUGUUAACGGUAUAUUGGUCUAGCUUAAUUCAGGGUAAAAGGUUAAUAAAAUGAAUGAAAUUGGUUAUAGUUUAACGUCCUACUUUUCUGCACCAACCGGGCUAAUGAAGACCGGUAUACGCCUUGUAGUUUAAAAUGAAAGAAUUACCACCUACUCUUCGUGAAAUUCCCAAUACACUGCAAUAUCGGUAAUCACUAUAAUUUUAGUAAAUGAAAUGGGGUUUAACGUCCUACGUUUUUGCACCAACCGCGCUAUUGAAGACGGGACAUAUAAAUAACACCGUAUGUAUAUUAUUGUGAUUAUAAUCUAUAUAAAUAUUACAACGAAAUCACUAGAUCUUAUGUAUGAUUGUCUAAUGUGUUCUGAUGGAAUAUUUUACAAUGUUUUGUUUUAGCUCAAACAUUCCUAAUGAUAAUAAAAUAUAUUUAUAUAUUAUUUUUUACAAAUGUUUGUUAAUUGUAUUUAUGUAUAUUGCUGGUGAUUUUAUAAACCUGAUUUUACACAUUUA